UUGCUAUAGGCACGCCGGCUAUUCCGCAGUUAAUCGAUGUCCUUACUCAGGAAUGUUGGCAUAUCUCUGGGUACGGAGCCGAGUUUUACACGCACAUUGAAGGAUCCGCUAUUCCUGUUUACAUGGAACAGAUGGCGAAUCAUGCUGCGGAGGUAUUGGCAAAAAUCGGCGAAUCUACCGUCCCCGCACUCACGGCGGAACUCACCAGAGCCGAACGUGAGUUUUCCGAAUGGUUUUACAAAUACUUGCGACCCGAGCAAACUGACCGUCUUAUCACAAUGUUGGCGUAUGUUAAGAAAGGUGAAUAAAUGGACAACGAACGCGUCAUAGCCGACGUGAUUGAUGAUUUGUCGGAUAUGGAGGACGAUGUCCGUGAGGCAGCGAAAAAGGAACUGGUCGCUAUCGGCGAACCGGCUAUUCCACGACUGAUCGAGGCACUCGCCGAAAACUUGUGGGAUGUUCCCGACCAAGCGGCAGACAUUUUGGCGGAAAUUGGAGAAGCCACAGUGCCAGCACUUAUGGAAGAAUUGGCAAUAGCCGAACGACAUCAUGCCCUCUGCAUAAGUGAUACGUUAGGUAGAAUUGGUGCCCCUGCUAUUCCAGCACUCAGCGAAGCAUUACAAGACUUAGAUGAGCAACUCCGCGAAUAUGCUCUCCGUGCAUUCUGCAGCAUGGGAUCAGCGGCAAUUGGGGCGAUCCGGGUUCUUAUUCAAGCUUUAAGCGAUCCAGCGGAAGAGAUUCGUACCUAUAGUGCAUACGCACUCUCAAAUCUCGAAGAUGCCGCCAAGGAAGCUGUACCUGCGUUAAUCAAAGCAUUAGAAGACGACUCCGAACGGGUUCAAUAUCAUGCAGCGUAUGCAUUGGAAAAAAUUGGAACCCCGGAAGCGAAACAAGCACUCAUAGCAUUGAGCCAAGCGUAG